GCAAGGAAGGGAAACUAAACAGGCUGAGAGAUGUGGCCAUCCCUGCAAAAAAUGUGAAGACGGGUAGCGGGCAGCCUGCGCUACCGGGGUUUAGCUGAGAGUGCCCCGCGGCGGUGGCCAGGUCUCAGGCUCUUGUCCUCGCACACCUGGCCUGGAGCAGUCUCCUCCGAUUCACAGCAGCUGGGUCUCAGCUCUAAUCCUGACCUCACAGACCGGGUAAAAUCAACUCCCCCUGCUCCCAGAUUCCGCACGCAGCGGAAGGCACGUACGCGUGCACACACGCACAACGCCAGGUCAAGCCACCCAGAUUAGUCUGGCCCGCCGGGAGUCAAACGGGAGAAGCACGCAGCAGCAGGAGGCCCACAGCAGGGCUCGCAGAGACCCAGGCUCCCGGAAGCGGGACGUCGGGGGCGGGGCGUCCGGAGGCCCCGCCCCGUGACGUAGGCCCCGCCCCUGCGCCCAAAGCAGGCGGCGCCUGCAGUCUCAGCCCGCGGAGCCGCGGCGGGAGGUGCGGAGCCGGCAGCGGCUCGGGACGAUGCGGCGCGCCUAGGAUGCUGCCGCGCCUGCUAGUGCCUCUGGCGGCGCUCCUCGGCCUGAGCCUCGGCCCGGGCACGGGCACGCACGGCUCAGAACUACCCAAGCCUCCAAUGGUGUGGUUUGAAGCAGAAUUCUUCCAUCACGUCCUGUGCUGGAUGCCCAUCUCAAAUAGGUCCCAAAGCACCUACUAUGAAGUGACGCUCCAGUGGUAUGGAAGCGAGCUCUGGACCUUCCUGCCCCACUGUAGCCAAGCCCGAGACCUGUGCUGUGAUAUCACCAAGUUCACCCUGGACCUAUACCAGACCAAUGGUUACCGGGCCAAAGUCCGGGCGGUACAUGGCAGCCAAUACUCCAACUGGACCUUCGCCAACACCCGCUUGUCUGUGGAUGAAGUGACUCUGAAGGUUGACAGUGUGGAGCUAGAGAUGCACGAGGGCUUCAUCUUCGGGAAGAUCCAGCUCCCCAGGCCCCAGGUGGCCCCUCCAGGUAUCACAUAUGAAAGCAUCUUCAGUCACUUCCGCCAGUACGAGAUUGCCAUUCGCAAGGUGCCAGAAAGCUUUAAGUUCUCAACUGAGAAAGUAGACCAUGAAAACUUCAGCCUCCCAAUCCCUGGAGAGGUGGGGAAGUUCUGUGUCAAAGUGAAGCCAUCUAUCAGCUCCCGAACCAACAAAGGGCUCUGGUCAGAGGAGCAGUGCGUCAUCCUCACCAAGCAGUAUUUCACUGUGACCAACCUCAGUCUCUUCUUUGCCCUCAUCCUGCUGCUUUGUGGAGCCCUGGCUUACUGUCUAGUCCUCCACCUGUAUUUGCGACGCCGGGAGACACUGCCCGCUGUCCUGGUCUUCAAGAAAGCCAACCCCUUCGUUCUGGUCAGCAAGCUGCACUACCCAGAGGUGCAGGACACCAUUCACCCCCUCGAGGUGGAGACCUUCCUGAAGGUGUCCUCACAGCUGAGGAACUCGGACCUGUGUAGCAGCGUGGACAGUGGCUUCAGCAGUGCCAAGCCAUCCCAGCAGCUGGAAGAGCCCAAAUUCCUCUCUGCCCCCCACCCACAGAGCCCCUGUGGGGCUCUAGGCAAGGGGGAGCCCCCAGAUCUUAAGGGCAGCUGCAGUGGCAGUGACAGUGGCAGUGGCAGCAGCAGCAGCAGCACAGACAGCGGGAUCUGCUUGCAGGAGCCGAGGCUGAACCCUGGCUCUGAGCCUCCUUGGGAGGAAAAGAUGGGGAGCACAAACCAGGGCCGGGACGACAGUGGGAUUAGCCUCGUCCGAAACUCUGAGGGCCAACAUGGGAGUCCGCAGGGCAGCUUGGCCUCGGGCCACAUAAGUCUCCCGGGGCCUGAGGUCCCUGAAGAAGACGACCCAGCCAUAGUGGCCUUCCAGGGCUACCUGAAACAGACCAGAGGCACUGAAGAGAAGACCUGCCUGGAGAAAGAGACUCCUUUGACAGAUGACCUUUGCCCCACGUUCAGGACAUGCCUGGAUCCUGAGGCAGGCCGGCCUUCUCCACCUCUGGCCAAGGGCUAUUUGAAACAGGAUCCCCCAGGAAUCACUCUGGCUCCCUCAGGCAUCCCAACAGGACAGUGGGACCCAUUGACCGAGGAGAGGCCACUCCUGGAUUUGACUGCUUGUGACCUGGGACCACCUGACUGGACUUUUGCCCAUCAUUUUGCCCCUCGGGACUGUCUGGCAGACCCAGGAGGCCUUUUGGGUAUCUUUGACUCAGACCCAGUCACCCAGCCUCUGAUCUCCAGCCUGUACUCAAGUGAGUGACCCACAGAAGGGGCUGCUUUUUAUUUCAGCCACACCUGCUCUCCUGCUGGAAGCAGGAGCAGGAGCCUGGGGAUCAGACGAGGAUGCAGGUCGCACGCGGUGCAAGCCCCCAGGGUCAGUUGUAGCCUGUUCUCCAGGGCAGGUCAGGCCAUCCAGAUGGAGCAGUGCAGGGUGUAUGGGUGGUUUGCUGAGUGGGCCCUGCAUUAGCAGAGCCUCAGGAGCAGGGCAGAGACCUCCUCCUGCCUUGGGCGGUUUUCUGCUCCAUAAAGGAGUCUGUGCUCAAGGAACCACAGGUUUUCUUGAGAUAACGUCAGGUUGCCAGGCUGAGAUCAGUUCAGACCUGCACGCCUCCUUCAGGCCAGCCAGGCGGCAGGGCCCUGGCAGGGUGGAGUACUGUGAGAUGGAGCCCCGCACUCCUGCGCCCGCAAGGCUGUGAGGGUCAUUUCUAGAACAGGAGCAGAACCGAGUUUGACCAGAGGAGUGGUGGGUCGCGUGGAGAUGCUUCUCCACUGGCAGGGAACCUGUCACUGGAAAUGCUUUCGGUGUGUCUGUCCAGGCAGUCAGGCAGUUACUAUGUCACUGUGGAGCCAAGGAGGGAUAGAGGGGCUGAGACCUAGGACAUGAAACCCUGCAGACUCUGGGCUACAAAGAAGUGGACUCCAGAACCCACAUGCCCAGAGCCAGCUUCCUUUUCAUGCCAAGGACUGACAUCUAGGAGGAGCCUUUGGCAUUGUGCACAGACAACUGCCAGUCACUGGGCCCAAGGGGGCAGAUGUGGGCCACGACUUUCUAACUGUUCAUUAGGUCAGUUUACAGUCCCCCAGGCAAGGAUUCUAGGAGAGAGCACAGGCCUGUGGAUGCCCUCCAGGGCCAUCUCUCAGCUCUGCAUUUCUCCAAACACUGGCCUUCCGGCCCAUGGCACUCUCCCAAGAAGCUCAGAGGUGCCAGUCUGAUAACCCCCUCUGGAAACUGGCCUAUGGGAGGAUUGCUCAGGUUUCCCUCGUCAGCUUUAUUUAUUUAUUUUGCUCAUUUAUUUAUUGAAGAAGCAGCAUUGUCCAGGGAAGGAAUUCUUGGUCUCUUAGGAGCCCAGAGUUCUAGUUUUGCAUUCACUGUUUAUAGUCGUGUGAUAUUGGGUCGCAUCACUCCUCUUGAACCUUUUUCCUUGUCUGCACAAUGGGAAAAGAUGCUUGGUUUGUUGAAUUCAUAAGGACACGAGGAGCCCCUGAGAAAGUGGAUGUGAUUGUGAUGGAGCACAGAAUGAGUGGUGUAUGGUUUUAAAAAAAAAAAAAUGUUAUUCCAAUAAAUUGUCGGGAUCAAAGGGGAUCCUGGGAAACCACA